CAGUGUUAUACGACCGUGACGCCAUCGCCACCCAGGCAAGCUUUCCCCCAAGCCUCCCGGAAUCACCAGGUCCACAGACGGGCUAACAUGGUUACAGCCCAGCGUGUUCGAUGACCCAGAAACGGCAAAGGAGUAUCAGCCGCCCCCGCAGUGGGAGAACACCCAUCGCUUCGACCCCCUGGAGCGAUGGACCUGGCGCGAAGAGCAUCGGCUGGUGCGCAAAAUCGACAUCCGCAUACUUGUGUGGGCUUGUAUCAUGUUCAUGGCUCUCGAGCUCGACCGCGCAAACAUCAGCCAAGCCCUCACGGACAACUUCCUCCCAGACCUCGGUCUAACCACCGACGACUACAACCUGGGGAACACCGUCUCCAAACUGGCCUUUCUCUGUGCCGAGUUGCCGUCUCAACUUGUCUCCAAGUGGAUGGGUCCCGACCGCUGGAUACCGACACAGAUGGUUCUCUGGAGCCUUGUCGCGAGCAGCCAGUUCUGGCUGACCGGACGCACGUCGUUUCUCGUCUGCCGCGCCUUGCUCGGUGUUCUGCAAGGGGGGUUCAUCCCCGAUGUGGUGCUGUACCUCUCCUACUUUUACAAACACCACGAGCUAUCGUUGCGCCUUGCCUUUUUCUGGACGGCCAUGAGCUUCGCUGACAUCGGCUCCUCCCUCCUUGCCUACGGAAUUUUGCACAUGCGGGGUGUACAGGGGCAGUCUGGUUGGAGGUGGCUGUUCUUGAUCGAGGGCCUUCUAACACUUGUUGUUGGUCUUUUUGCCUUCCUCCUGAUGCCGGCCGGACCGUGCCAAACCGCGAGCUGGUUCAGGGGUAAGAACGGGUGGUUUACAGAGCGUGAGGAGAAGAUCAUGGUGAACCGGGUCUUGCGAGACGAUCCGAGCAAAAGCGACAUGCAUAAUCGCCAACCGAUCACCCCCAAGCUCCUCUGGCAAAGCCUCAAAGACUAUGAUCUCUGGCCGCUGUAUAUCCUAGGGCUCACAUUCCAAAUUCCGAUGAUUCCCCCGCAGCAGUAUCUCACACUCUCCCUCCGGGGAUUGGGCUUCGAUACGUUCCAGACAAAUUUGCUGGCCAUGCCCUACACCGUUAUUCACGUAAUAACGAUGCUCGGCCUAACCUACGUCUCUGAGGUCCUCGGGGAGUUGUCCCUUGUGGCCGGGUUCGGGCAGAUAUGGGCACUUCCCUUUCUGAUAUACCUCAAUGCAGUUGACACGUCCAAGGUGAACCGAUGGGUGAUAUAUGCUGUCACCACCCUGCUACUCAGCUAUCCCAAUGCGCAUCCAAUCCAAGUUGCCUGGAACUCCCGAAACUCCAAUACUGUCCGAUCCCGCACCGUGUCUGCCGCCAGUUACAACAUGUUUGUCCAGGCGAGCGCCAUCAUCGCCUCCAACAUCUAUACUUCCGAUGACGCACCGCUGUACCGACGCGGAAAUCGAGAACUCCUGGGGAUUCUCUGCAUGAACAUUGUCCUGUACGGCCUCGUGAAGGCAUACUAUGUGUUCCGGAAUAAGCAGAGGGACAGGAAAUGGAACGCCAUGAGCCCCGAAGAGCGGCUGCAUUACCUGGCCACGACAAAGGACCAAGGAAAUAAGAGGCUGGACUUCAGAUUCCAACACUAGACGAGCCGGAGGCCUCGAGGGUCGGGGCAGAGGAUCUUGGGAGAGGGGAUUCGCGGCACCAUGCAUAUUGUUGUAUUGGCGGGACAGGGCGCGGUGAGGCUUG